GGAAGUCAGAUGCUAAGGGAAGAAAUGUGUUUCUCCUGAUUAGAACCAACAUGAGCUUUCUGAGUGCAGGCUCUACAAUAUAAGAUAAGCACAGCAUGCCUCGAAGUCCAACCUCAAGUGAAGAUGAGAUGGCACAGAGCAUUUCUGAUUAUUCUGUUGAAUCUGAAUCUGACAGCUCCAAAGAAGAAACAAUCUAUGACACCAUCAGGGCAACAGCAGGGAAGCCCAUCAUCAGGAUGGAUGACAUCCAGAGCAAUACAUUGGUCAUCAGAAUCGUCAUCCCUGACUUGCAGCAAACGAAAUGUAUGAGGUUUAAUCCAGAUGCCACUGUGUGGGUUGCCAAGCAACGGAUCCUGUGCACCCUGAACCAUAGUUUGAAAGAUGUGCUGAAUUAUGGUCUCUUCCAACCAGCAAGCAAUGGAAGGGAUGGCAAAUUUUUGGAUGAGGAGCGCCUGCUCAAAGAAUACCCCCAGCCAAUCAACAAAGGAGUUCCCUCACUCGAGUUUUGCUACAAGAAAAGAGUAUACAAGCAAGCUAACGUUGAUGAGAAGCAAAUUUCAAAACUUCAUACAAAGGCCAACCUUAGAAAAUUUAUGGAUUAUGUUCAACAUCGGGCACUUGAGAAAAUUGCUAAAUUGCUGGAUAGAGGUCUGGAUCCUAAUUAUUAUGACUCAGAGAGUGGAGAAACUCCGUUGACACUAGCAGCUCAGAUAGAGAUCCCCAUGGAGGUGAUCAAAGCUCUGAGGAACGGGGGUGCACAUCUGGAUUUCAGAGCCAAGGAUGGCGUGACACCUCUGCACAAAGCUGCAAGGGCCAAGAACCAAACUGCACUCAUGACUCUCCUGGAACUUGGGGCUUCUACUGAUUAUAAGGAUAGCCGUGGCCUGACGGCACUCUAUCACACUGCGAUGGUGGGAGGAGACCCUUACUGCUGCGAACUACUGCUUUAUGAACAUGCUUCAAUCGGUUGUAAAGAUGAAAAUGGAUGGCAGGAAAUCCAUCAGGCGUGUCGUUAUGGUUACGUUCAACAUCUGGAACAUCUGCUUUUCUAUGGGGCUGAUAUGGGAGCACAGAAUGCCUCAGGCAAUGCAGCACUCCAUGUCUGUGCUCUUUAUAAUCAGGAAAGCUGUGCUCGAGUACUGCUGUUCCGCGGAGCCAAUAAGGAAGUGAAGAACUACAACAGCCAGACUCCAUUUCAGGUGGCUAUCAUAGCAGGCAACUUCGAAUUGGCUGAAUUUAUCAAGAACCACAAAGAAACAGACAUUGUGCCAUUUCGAGAGGCACCGACUUACUCAAAUCGGAGGAGGGGACCUCAGAACACUCUUUCUGCACCACGGGUCCUACUCCGUUCAAACAGCGACAAUAACCUGAACAUUAACGAUAUCCCAGACUGGACGGGGAACAAGUCUGCCACUUCACAUCGAAGCCUUUCGCCACAACUACUGCAACAGAUGCCGAACAAUCCCAAUGGCACUAUAAAAAGUGGGAGCGGUACCCAUGGCUCUCGAAGCCGUUCACCAUCCCUGAAUAGGAUCGGAGAGGAGGUUCAGAGGCCACAGCACAGGCAGAUCAGUCCCGCUGUUAUUAAAGAGACAGUCUUUGGACUGGAAAACCAGGGAUCAAAGCGCAAGCUUUACAGUGCAGUUCCUGGAAGGCAGUUUAUUGUGUUGCGGUCCUAUCAGCCUCAAGGAGAUGGGGAGAUUCCUCUCAACAAAGGAGAUCGGGUGAAAGUUCUGAGUAUUGGAGAGGGCGGAUUCUGGGAAGGCAGUGCUCGAGGCCGAGUUGGAUGGUUUCCCGCUGAAUGUGUGGAGGAAAUUCCAGCAAAUGAAACCAGACCAGAAACACGAACAGACAGAGUGAAGAAAUUAUUUAGGCACUAUACUGUCGGAUCCUAUGACAGUUUUGAUGCUUUGAGCGACUGCAUCAUUGAGGAGAAAACCGUGGUCCUUCAGAAGAAAGACAAUGAGGGCUUUGGUUUUGUGCUUCGUGGAGCAAAAGCUGAUACGCCAAUUGAGGAAUUUACGCCAACUCCAGCCUUUCCUGCACUUCAAUACUUAGAGUCAGUGGAUGAAGGAGGAGUGGCAUGGCAGGCAGGAUUGAGAACGGGUGAUUUCCUUAUAGAGGUUAAUAAUGAAAACGUUGUGAAGGUUGGCCACAGGCAAGUGGUGAACAUGAUCCGCCAGGGAGGAAACCAUUUGGUGUUAAAGGUUGUCACAGUAAGCAGAAAUCUCGAUCCAGAAGACACAGCUCGAAAGAAAGCCCCGCCGCCUCCAAAAAGAGCACCAACCACCGCUUUAACUCUGCGCUCAAAGUCUAUGACCUCAGAACUUGAAGAUCUAGCUACUUUACGGAAAAAGAGGACCGAUCUUGAUCCGUCACAUUUAGAGGGUUUGAAGAGGAGGACUGCUUUUCAAACCACACUAAACAAACUCGAUGAAAUAGUGUCAAAUCCCAAACAGUCAAGGGCUGCAGAAAAUGCGACAGUGGACUCAAGAGUCGCAACUAUCAAACAGCGUCCGUCAAGCAGAUGCUUCCCUCCCACUUCAGAUGCAAAUUCAAUCUAUGAACGGCAGGGUAUUGCUGUAAUGCCUCCUACAGUCCCAGGGAGCCAUAACAGCCCCUAUCUAGAAAUACCACGAGGAACUAUGCGAAGGCAGAAAUCCAUAGGUAUGUUAGAAGAAGAGAAACAAUUUUUGGCUCCUCCCUUGCUAAAAUUUACCAGAAGUUUGUCAAUGCCAGAUACUGCUGAAGAUAUCCCACCUCCCCCAUCAGUUUCCCCUCCUUCACCUCCUUACAAUGCGCCCAAACCUUCCACCCCGCGGAGUUAUGGUACAAUAAGGCCGAGCUUCAAUCAUAAUUCUGGGUUAAGAACACACAAUUCUAACAGGCCAGAUAGCACAGGAACAAUUGUCACGGAUCGACAGAAGAAAGCAAUGUACUACAGGCAAGAUUCCCAACAAUAUUCCUUGGAUUCUGAAGACCAGUACAAGCCAAAUGCCUCGUCACACCAGACCAUGCGAAACAGGAGGAGUAACAUGCCAGAGAACCCAUAUUCUGAUGUCGGGAGCAUUGGGAAUAAAGCAGUGUAUGUUCCCGCCAAACCAGCCAGAAGAAAAGGUCAGCUGGUGAAGCAAUCAAAAGUAGAAGACAGCCCAGAGAAAACAUGUUCCAUUCCCAUCCCCACCAUUAUUGUCAAAGAACCUUCAACCAGCAGCAGUGGUAAAAGCAGCCAAGGGAGCAGCAUGGAAAUUGACACCCAGGCUUCAGAACACCAAGGUCACCUUAGGCCUGAUGAUGGCUUCUGCAACCCAUUUGCAGCAGCUAUCGCUGGGGCAGUGAAAGACAGGGAAAAGAGAAUAGAAGCGAAGCGUCACUCCCCUGCCUUCCUCUCAACUGAUAUGGGUGAUGAAGAUGUCGGGCUCCUACCAAGUUCACGGUUGAGGCAAUCCAAAUCUAUUGACGAAGGGAUGUUUGGCAAUGAAGAGCGAUACGGUCACCUACUGGUUCCAUCAUCCAAAGCUAGCACCAAUUACAGCAGUGCAGACACUAGUAAUCAAAGAGUGCAAAGUAGCCCAAGGAUAUUGAACAUUGCUUCUAAAAAAGAAGAUAUUGAUUGUAACGCCGGAAAUACAAAAGGUCAUAGUGCAUCAAACAUUCCCAAUGCUAAUAGUACUUAUGUCCAUCCUGUCACUGGUAAAAUAUUGGAUUCAAACACUCCAUUGGCCUUAGCAAUGGCUGCAAGAGAUCGAACAAUGAAAGACCAGCCCCUGCAAAACACUAGCAAAGCUGAAUCUGGAAAAACAGAACUCUCAAAACCACUGUACAUCGACACCAAGUUAAGGUCAAACAUGGAGACAACAGCUUCUGCCUCUUGUUCCACCAAACUGAACCAAUCUUCCGCAACACUGCGGAAAGAGACCAACCCAAAGCCCGAAGCGGACACGAGUAAAGAAGACAAGAAGGGUGAUGAGAAGAAAAACAUGCUGAAUGACGUUGUAGAUACUUCACAGCAGAAGACGCCAGGAUUACUCAUGUUGCACUCAGACGUUGGUGCCAAGCCGGAUGAAAGAGGGAAUGCGGCAAGUACAGAAGAAAAUUCCCCAGCAGGCGUUGCAUCAGAGCAACAUAAAGCUACGGAAAACGCUUCAGUGUCUAAGGGAACCGCCAAAACCGUCAUAACUGUCAAUUCAGUUGAUGAUUCCGCCAUUUUACCAUUCCGCAUUCCACCACCUCCGUUGGCCUCGGUCGACGUGGAAGAAGAUUUUCUGUUUUCUGAACCUUUACCUCCACCACUGGAGUUUGCCAAUAGUUUUGAGAGCACCGAGGAUCCUCCAGCCAUUCCAUCUCUCUCGGAUCUGCUGAGGCAGAGCAAAAAUGCCACUUGCACCAACCUGCCAUUGCACAGCAGGGAUACAAGUGGCUUAUCUCCAGCUCCUUCUAAUGGUAAAAAGCCUGUUGGUCAUUCUGAUUCCUUUCCCACUAGCUUCGUCCCACCACGUGAGCCUUUUGACAAUGUAGUAGAUUCAGGGAUCGAAGAGGUGGACAGUCGCAGCAACAGCGACCAUCACUUGGAAACGACCAGCACCAUUUCCACCGUCUCCAGUAUCUCCACCCUGUCUUCUGAAGCUGGAGAGAAUUUAGAUACUUGCACAGUCUAUGCAGAUGGGCAGAUGUUUACCAUUGACAAGCCUCCAGUCCCUCCAAAGCCAAAAGUUAAGCCUAUCAUCAACAAAAAUAAUGCAAUUUACAAAGAUGCUUUGAUAGAAGAGAACAUUGAUGGCUUAUUCAUGCCACCACCUGCACCGCCUCCCCCACCUGGUGGCAUCCCACCUGAAACUCUUAAAUCUCCACAGCAGAGGACCUCGAAGCUAUGGGGUGAUGGACCAGAUCUAAAAGUCCCUGCCGCAACCGAUGCAAAGGCAAAUGUCAUUAGCGAAUUGAAUUCAAUACUGCAGCAAAUGAACAAGGAAAAGGUGCCCAAACCGACAGAGGCCUUGGACUCUCCUUCAGGAACAAGAGGAGCAGCCUUUGGAGCAAGGAUUUCUGAUGGAGUAAACAGUACUUCAGGUGUACAACGGAAUGCAACCGUAACUUUCACCAUUCGGCCUGGAACCAGCCAACCGAUAACCGUUCAGAACCGGACGUCAGAUUUUGACAGUAUGACCAUUUUAAAACGAGCCCCGAGCCCCGUGAUGUCCCCGACAGACGGUGGCCAGGCCCCCAGGCCUUCCUCUCUCCCGGCGGCUGUACCCUCGCCUACUCUUUCUGAUGCCUUUGGCUUCCAAAGUCAGCCGGUUGCAGGGGAAGGGCAUUUUGGCACCCAGCCAGGUCGCAGCCGGUCCCCCUCUCCCUCCGCUUUGCAACAACAGCCAGUCUCGAACAAACCUUUUGCAUCCAAGGCUGUCCUCCUUUGGACUAAACAUGACGUGGCAGACUGGCUGGACACUUUGAACCUCGGAGAGCACAAAGAUGCAUUUUUGGAUAACGAAAUAGAUGGGACUCAUUUACCGUCACUUCAGAAGGAAGACUUAAUCGAUCUCGGGGUGACGAGAGUUGGACAUCGAAUGAACAUAGAACGAGCUUUAAGACAGCUACUAUCGGUUAGAUAAACAUUUAUUUGAAUGCUUUACAAAGUAACUAAAAGAUCUCUCAUUAUUUUUGUCAACAGUCUACAUUCACCAUAGCUCUGGCUGGAAUAUAAUGUGCGACUGAAAUAUUUUUAAAAGCUCAGCAUGAACAUUUGUUCCAAUAAAAGCCUCUAGUACAUUUAUAAGCACAAUAAGUUGACAGUAUCAGUGGCUCGUCAGUCAAGCAAUGCCGUGUGCCACUGAUGUGCUGAGAAGAAUAGUGCAAAAGUGAAGAUCCUUUUGUGAUGUAAAUAUACUACAGCAUAAUCUAUAUUUUGAACGAUGACCUUUUAAUAUUGACCUCACUUGGACAUGUCUUAAUGAUACUGUAGUUGAACCAGCAGAGCUGUGUUAUAUACUUUCUACCUUUGCUAGUACAGUAUUUCUUCACAAGGAUCACAAUCAAUAUUGUAGAAGAUGUGCAGCAGAUCAGCUCACCCCUGUUUUACUCCUCUUUUUCCUUUGGACAAGAAGUGACGCUGACUAGAAUUUUGUUUCCUUUCUGCUGAGCAGUCUUAUCAUUUCCAGUAUUGUAUGUGGGGGAGAAAGAAGUAUGAAGCUCUUUUAACUUUUCACAUUUUGACACACGCUCUUAAUACUCUACCAUGAUGGGGCACUGUUGUAGCAUUUGUCCAAUUCUUUCCUCGAAGGCUAAUACAGAUUUGUUUUUGGUGUUGCUGUGUCUUUUCCAAUGCUGUUGUCAGGAGCUGCUCUUGAGAACAGUGAUAAGGGUGUUGAAAUGAAUCAUUAUUGUCUUCCAUAUGAGGCAGGUGAUUUACCACAAUUAUUUACUAGAGCAGUCGGGAGUGCUCUGAAUGGGCCUCGUGUAUAUUCCGCUUCAGAGCAGAUGGGUUUGCUCAUUUGAGCUGUGUAGGAAAACAUAUCUUACUUAUUGAAAAUAAAAUUUAAAAACAGAAGGGGUUUUCUACUUGUCAUUUUAGCUGCUAUUCUUUUCACAGCUAUGUAUACGUUUAUUCUGGUAAAUGGGUUAACGAUGUGUAACGUUACAGUAUUCUUAUCGAGGAAUGGAACUGCACAGUAAAUUACUUUUUGAACCCACUGUGCCAAAAUACAAGUGAAGUUAAAUCUGAGCAGAUUUCUUUUUGUGAGUUAAUGGUAGUAGUGGAUGAUUUUGGCCUGGCCUUUUCUUAUGACUGGACAUUAAUCCUGACAUAAAAGAUGAAUCAUAUCCGUAGAACAACAGGUACUUAAGAUGCAUUCUCUUUGCCAUAUUUCAUAUACUCACUCACUCACCUUUUUAGGUCUGCAUUUCUGUUACAUAUUGUAAUUAAAACUGACAAUCUUAAACACUUAGUUUGUGUAACAAUUGUGUAUACGGUACCAAAUCUCACGAGAUGUUAAUUGUAUAUUAACAUACAGGAACCCCUGUUUCCGGGAGACUUGAGUGCACUUCAUACUGUUAACUUCAACAGAAGCAAUUAGCUGUGACUGUUGGGGAACAUUUUAAUUCACAGGUUUUACUUCUUGCACAGCUCUUAGUAUUUAUUUGUGGUAUUUAUCAUUUAGCUAUAUAGUCGAUUCACUGACUCCUCUGUAACUGCAGCUGCGGAAUUAUCCAGUUGAUCUGGCAAUGAUUACAUCAAUGAGCCUACAAUAUCAUUUUCUUCACAAAUAAUGGUCACUUAAUUUUAAUUUUUUAUUUUGCUGGUGCAUUAAGGUGUAUCUCACUUUAAUUUGUG